AUGUCUUCAUCACAUUCCACCACGACUCUCCCUAGCAGUCGCUCUACUACACCGUUCACGGAUUUAGACACUGUUGUGGACGAGGACUGGGUCAAACUUAACAAAGCCAAGAGCGAUGCAAGCACUAGAGAAAGAGAGUCUCGCAUGAAUAACAAGCAGGCAGUUCAUUCAACUAUUUCCUUGUCACGUUCAGUUGACGACUGUGUUCAGGCGCUGGGCGUUUGUCUAAGUCUUACGGUCCAUUCAAAAUCUAUCAACAGUAGCGGCUCCUACUGGGGCGAUGAAUAUGCUCUGACACUUCGUACCAACAGCCCUGCCAACCACGACUUUCCUUCGCCGGCCUCCAGCCCCCUUGGAGGUUCAUCAUGGUCUCAAUAUAAUGACAGAGUGAAAUCUCAUCAGGAGAAUCGUCCUGGCGUUGAAUGUGAACCGAUAAUUCAAGACUCCGCGGAACCAGCACCAGGUUGCGCCGCCAAUCCCAACCCUGCUGAAUCUGCGGCUAUCAGUGAGAAUGAGGUGACUGAAAUCAAAACCACCAGCGUUAAAUCUGGAAAAGAGAUUGUUAUUCGGGUUUCUCGCGCAAGCAUCCUGAGACAGCUAGGUUUGCCAAUAAUGGAAAUUGAGAGGGUCGGCGACAGUGCUGCGACUGCUGAAAGGAGGGAUGCUGACGCAGAAGUUCGAGCACUUAACACCGUAACUCUUGAUGCGCAAUCUCAUCUUGAGAAUCAGCCUGGUGUUGAAUACGAAUCGACAGCUCAAUGCUCAACGGAACCAUCACUAGGUUACUCCAUCAAUCUCACCCCUGUUAAACCUGCUGCUAUCGAUGAGGAUGAGAUGACUAGAAUGAUCAUCAACGAUGAAACCGGGGAGUUUAUUGGGGUUUAUCCCGCAGAUGUGGUGCGGCGGCCAUCUUAA